AUGGAGACAGUCAAGACCCAGCCGCAAGUCAACUCCUGUUUUCUGUUUCAAAAACAGCGUGUGUUCCUUUCGACUUUGCGGGUUGCGUUUAAGCCGACAGUCUUUCUGGGACUUGACUACUCAUCAAGGGUUGCCCCGAUAUGGGCGGUGGUGCAACUCGACUCAGGUUGUUCACGUACACUCGACGCCUUUUUAUCCUCCCUCCCCCGCGCACAGGUGAUGAGGUUCCUGCGCAGUCGAUGCAUCACCCGGGCUAAGAAGGGGCAGCUGGUGGCGGCCCUGAGGGAGAGGCUGUCGGCCGUAUCGCCGAACGGAAAGGUUUCCGACGAGGACGAGGAAGCCCUCAAGGGGCUUGAGAAUGCGAUGCUCACCAAGAGCACGGUCGAUCUUCGCUCCCUCGCAACCGCACGCGAAGAGGAACCCAUCCACUACGAGUUCGACCGCAAGUUCCUCUUCAGAGUGCUGGUCCUGGGCAACGCUCAGCUGGCUCAGAUGGUCGGGGCCCGUGGGCCCAACAUGCAGACGAACGCGGCGUGCGCUGGCUCCACCCUCGCCGUCGCCAUGGCCCAGGACAUGAUCCAGAUCGGGCGGUGCGAGCGCAUGGUGGUGAUCGCGGGCGACGAUGCCUCUGGGGAGGUCCUCCUGCCGUGGAUCGGGAACGGCUUCCGCGCCCUCGGAGCCUCUAGCAUCGCCGCCGACCCCUCCGACGCCGCGUUGCCCUUCGACGCGAGGCGAAACGGGAUGCUACUCGGGGCCGGCGGUAUCGGAAUGGUGUUAGAGACGGAGGGGGCCGCCGCUCGGAGACACUGCGAAGCCGUCGGAAUCCGAGCUUCGCAACCUCCGCCGCCGCCGCCGCCGUCCACCAACGGGGUGAUGAAGGCGAGGUUGCUUGAGACCCAGAUCUCCAACUCGGCCUACCACGGGGCCUCCAUGGACAAGCACCACAUCGCCAUCGAGCUAGAGCGGUUCCUCGUGGCCAUGGAGCGGAACUGGGGCAUCAGCCGGGACGCAAUAGCCGAGUCGGGGGUGUACUUCUCCCACGAGACCUGCACACACGCCACCCCCACCGCCUCCUGCGCCUUCAACGAGGUGUGGGCCUUGCGGCAGUGCUUCGGGGAAGAGCUCCUUUCUCGACUCGUCAUCAUCAACACCAAGGGGUUCACUGGUCAUCCUAUGGGCGUGUCUUUCGAGGACGUGGCAGCAGUUGAGGUCCUUCAUCGCGGUAUCAUCCCGCCGACAGCCAACAACCCUGCGGUCGAUCCCUCGUUGGGGAAGCUUCGGCUAAGUCAAGGGGGAGCCUAUGCCGCCAAGUACGCGAUGCGGUUCGCGGCCGGCUUCGGUAGCCAGGUGGCUUUCGCGCUGUACGCCGCCGUCGAUUCCGUUGACGACGUCGCGCAGAGCUGAUGCGGGGAUGAGAUGUUUGCCCGACCCCCUCCAAAUAGCAGGUCGAAUUCAGGGGGGGUUUGAUCGUUUUUGGUCUCGCUCACAAGCAAACUCGGGAAGGUGCACUGAGGAAAUAUUUUUUACUGCGUACCUUAGCUUUGUUUGUGGACGAUGGGCGUGAAACCGGCUACAGGUGUUGCUUUUUGUUGGUGUGCUUCACUGAAGCUGUGGUUGGUCUCCAGGUUUGGCGCCGCCGCUGGCCUUGUGCCAGCAGCACCUCGGUAUGUAUGCGCCACAUCAUGAUGUGGUGGCUCGAGGAGAUGGUGUAGUUCACCUGACGAUGUCAGGAGCACGAGGGUGGCGUAUACCAUUUCACUGUUACACAAGAGGCGUGUCAUCGAGAGCACAAACUGACAACGUGCCGCAGGUCUGCCCUUUCCGUUUAAAUGAAGUGGUUCGGAAGAGAAAUGUUGCCGGUGGCGAGCCAGGGUCGG